AUGCGCCAGGGACGGGUGGGCGCCUGUAAUGGAAAUGUACCGUAUAAUAGCGAAGCGGCCCUCGCGCCACUUCCCCGUAACGAAAAGACAAAGAGGCCGCCCACACGCCGCUCGCCUGAAUCAAUACGAGAACGGUGUGCCAAAGACCAAUUAUCUGCGGUCUCUCAGGAAUGGACGCUGCACUCCAACUGGAACGGGAAGGAAGCGGAAGCCAGUGCUGACCGCGUCUGGAGCUGCUCCACCGCACUUGUAAACACGUAUGCACUCAUGCUGGAGCGGGAGGAAGCAGCCACGAUGCGGUCCUCAGAGAGGAGGCCAGGGCACGACCGCGCUGAACGGCAGAGGCCUGCGCCUACGAGCUCUAGCUACUUCAAGAGUGUGUCUAACUAUUUUCGUCAUAAUUGGAGUAAAAUGACAACAAGCGAAGCGGAAGGACAGGAGCGCUCUUCCGCCGGCCACGAUGGGGGCAGGACGGCCGCGAAGCCCUUGCAGGCUCAGCGGCUGCUUCGUGCGCUCCCGUCUGCAGCGCGAGUCGCAGCAUCCAGAGCCAGCCCCGGACGAUGCCUACGAACAUCGAACCUUGCUUGGAACAUGGCCAACUUCGCACAUGCCCGUGUUCGUCAUUCUCGCCGCGGUUGUAGUGUCAGAUUGUCUCGAGGUUCUUGA